AUGCUGGCCUGCACAGAGAUGAUAACCAUGUGUCUCCAGUCCGCCAAGCACGAACACCUUAGAAAGCAGCAGGAGCUCGACCACAACCAAAAUCAAGGCAUCUCUCUGGUCCAGGACAUAUUCCGCCGGGCAGACAAAAAUGAUGACGGGAAGCUGUCCUUGGAGGAGUUCCAGUCGUACUUCACUGAUGGUAUCCUCACUGACGAGCAGAUGCGGGAGCUGUAUUACUCCAUCGACAGGCAGCAGACAGACAACCUGGACAUAGACAAACUCUCAGAGUACUUCACUCCACAUCUGGGAGAAUACGUCAACGUCCUGUCCGCUCUGGAAAAGCUGAACGUGGCCAUUCUGAAGGCCAUGGAUAAAACUAAAGAGGAGUACCAGGGCUCAUCGGUGCUGGGUCAGUUUGUGACACGCUUCCUGCUGAGGGAGACCACCACCCAGCUGCAGUCCCUCCAGUCAUCGCUGGACUGCGCUAUGGAGGCUGUGCACGACCAGGGCUGCACGGGGAGGAGGGUAGUGAAGAAGCCUGAGGACCUGCCCAUGCAGAGGGUGGCCAAACGCCCCGGCAGACGUAUCCAGAAGAACAUGUGUCUCUCUCCUACUGACCCCUACUCUGGCAUGCUCACCACAGGGGUCAGCGUGGAGCCAGACAACCACUGGGGCUCCCAGAUCAACCAGCUGGAGCAGCUCAUAGACAAACUGGAGUGUGAGAGUCCGCAGCUUGAACCUCUCAAAGAGGACACAUUGGCAGGGACGUAUAAAUCGAACAUCCUUCUGGUCCAGAGACAGAUGUCUGUGAAGGAGAGGGAUGUGGACCAAUUUCAGCAAGCUCUUAAAAUCUACACAGAUGCCACCUGCAGCCAGCUAAACAACCUGCAUGUUUCAGUCCAGAACCUGCCAGACAGAUCCUGCUUCAUCAUGUACGAGUUUUGGCAGGACCGCCUCUCCUGGAUGAGCUACCUGCAGUCGUCCAUCAGUAAGACCUUCCAGCGCUGCAUUAUCGACUCACUGGAAGAGCCGGAGAUGGUGUCCACUAUGCUCCUUCCAGCUUCUUGGUGGAUUAUGAACAACAACUGACAGAGCAAAGCUGCUGCUAUUCAACACAAUAAAAGCAGGAAGAAGAGGCGAUUGUAUAAUCGUUUUAUCUCUUUCGUUCUUUGAUAUCCACUUUUUCCUCACGGCAUGGCCAGGAUUGUUUUUGCAAAGCUUUGCUCCGAGGCUACAGUAAAGAAGACCGCUUGGAUAAAUCAGCCAGUGAAACAAAUGAAAACCUUGGAGAGAAAGAAUUUGGGCAAUGCAAUAUUUUAGUGUGUGGUCAGGAUCUUUGCCAAUUCAUUUAACAGUACUGGCACAUUUCUUGCUUCUGAUUUAAUGAAAAAAAAAAAAAAAGAUCUGCAUGGUUUCUUAUUUCUCAGUGCUAGUUUAUUUCAAUCAAAACUACAUCUUAGAAUAGAUAUAAUGUCAGUGGUGCCACAAAGAUAGAAACACAUGAAUGACAACUGAUCUGUCCAUCUGUCACUAUCCAUCAGCCACUCUUCAGCGGAGACAGAAACAGAUGUAGUCGUAGGGUUAAACUGCAUUUCCCCUUGUUCUCUCUGUAGUAUUGUGCAUUUUUGUCUCCUUCAAAGCUUUGCUGCCAAGCGUCUUUUUGUUGAUGGGCUAGACAGCCAGUAGAUAGAACAAUUAUGGUCCACAUCUAAACUUUUAUCAUCCGUGUGUCACUCCUGCACUUUAGAAAAACACGAAACAUGGACCUAAUUGUGAAGAAUGGAUAUUUAUUGUAGACUUGUUGAUAACAUAGAAUUAAGUGGUGUUAUAACGCGCCACGUUGUUCGAACUGCGCUGAUGUGCAGUGAAAUAUUAGCGGACGACGACAACUAACCAAAUAAUUCUGCAGUUCGCCUGUACUGUUGCUCUAGAAAUAAAACUCGAAAGCCAUUAUUUUACAUGUGCGCUGUGUAAUCAGAAGAGUUUGACGGUACAACACACUCAAAUAGAAGUUUAUAUUUUGAGUACAGAAAUUUAGCGUAAACCGUUCAGUGAAAUGUAAUUCGAAAGAAAGUCUAUUAAGAUUGUGUACAGUGAUUAAUGACAGCUAUAAGAUGUAGGUGAGUGUUGUAGAACAUUGGUAAAUGUACAGUAUGAUAGUAUUUGAGCUCUGAGGAGGAAUGAAUGUGUUUCUUUGAAGUGUUCAUGUAUCCUUUCUUUUAUGAAGAAUAUACAGU